AUGAGCACCAAGGAAGUUGAUGAGCAAAUGAUUAAUGUACAGAACAAGAACUCUUCUUACUUUGUUGAGUGGAUUCCUAACAAUGUGAACUCUACUGUCUGUGACAUCCCUCCAACUGGACUGAAGAUGGCCUCAACUUUCAUUGGCAAUUCCACCUCAAUUCAAGAGAUGUUCCGUAGCUUCAAUGAGCAAAUUACAGCAAUGUUUCGAAGAAAAGCUUUCCUGCAUUGGUACACCAGAGAAGCUAUGGAUGAGAUGGAGUUUACAGAGGUUGAAAGCAACAUGAAUGAUUUAGUUUCUGAGUACCAACAAUAUCAAGAUGCGACAGCUGAAGAGGAUGAGUAUGACUAUGAAGACGAGUCGAGGAGGAAGGUCAAGACGCUUAUCUAG